AUGGCGCCGCGAAAGCGCAAGAAGGGAACCGCGCGAAAGCAGGAGCAGGAAGGUAGUCCUGGAGCGGCGGUGGGCCAGGAUGUGCUUCCGCGGUCUUGGCUGGACCUCCCUCCUGAAGUGCUGGCCCUCGUGCUGUCCAAGAUGACGCUCAGGGAUCUGGUCUGCUGGGGUUCCACCAGCAAGGCGUAUGCCCGGGAGAUGGACGAGGUGCUGAAGAGGGAAGUGCGCGUGACGGCUGAGGAAGUGCUGGGGCACCCAAAGUGUCGGACCAGGGAGAAGAGGGCCGUCAGAAACUUCUUCGUCGAUUUCUUGUUCAAGAAGGCCGAUGUGAUCUCCAAGGUUACCAUCGAUUGGGAGGAGGACUACAGGCCCAUGGUCCAAGAGAGUCGGCUCUGUGGUGGGCAGUGCCGCUGCGGAAGGUGCAGCGGGCACGGGGUAUUGAGCGAUAGGGACACGCGCAAGCCUGCCCUGCCUGGAGUGGUGUGUUGUUGUUGCGAGGACAGACUGUGCCUGGCGGGUGCCGGGGACCUCGCAACGCUGCCCAAGGCUACGGACGUGCGCCUGCUGACCCUGGUGCCGGCGGAGUUGGUGCCCCUGUGGAUGUUUCCCAACGUGGAGCGGCUAUAUCUGGCGGUGCACGACGGGGGUUACAAGGGCUUCGGAGUGCCCUCUUUCCCGAGGCUAGAGGCGGUCACCAUAUGCGGCAUCCUGGAGGGGCAUCUGCCUUUCGACCUGAGCGCUCUAAAGUGCUCUCCCCGCCUGCGAGAGGUGACCCUGCUCCGCAACAAGGAGAGCUGGACUAACUCCGUCAGUUGGUUGGGUGACAUGGACGGCUUCAAGAGUGCUUAUAUCCUGAGGAUAGGGUCCAACCCCGCCCUGGAGCUAAAUGUCCGCUUGCAGAUCUUCAGGGACACCUUAAACCCUGUUCCCUUAAAUCAGCGGGCCACGCCGGUCUGCACGCGUGUGGACAAGUUCCUCGUAGAGGAUCCAGAGAAGCCCAGUGGAAACGCGGAUGGCGUGAGCAUAGAACAUAUCAAUGGCGAAGCAGCUUUCGAAGAAGUGCGAGACAUGUUUCGAGACGAUGAGCGUGUGCACAUAUACAGGGACUGGUCGCCAAAGGCGCUGGAACAAUUUCCGGACGAUUACUUCCAAGCAGUAUAUUUAGACGGGGACCACACUUACGAGGGAGCACGUAAAGACCUCGAGGCGUCCUUUCGAAAGGGCGGUUCACCGACUCGGUUACUCAAUAGAGAGUGCGCGGACACGAGGGGAAGAAAGCACAGCGAGUACAGACAAGUGGGCACGCUCUCCGCUCGAGGCGAUGCGAGCAACGACGUAUUGCCGCUCUUCGCAUCCAAGAGCUGCAUGCAUAGAGAUCGAUACUUCUACCACACUCAGACGGGUGCGUACGAGCCGAUCAGGCUCCCCGUGCACUAUAAGAACCGUAAUUGCAUGAAGGACGACAUAGGCUGCGAAACGGUCUACGAAGACGACCAGAUGACCGUUCCCAUCCUAGGCCACAUGGUCACGAGUGCCCUGACGAAUGCUCUGUCCAGCAACAUCCCAAAAAUCUUGCCGAGUCCGGGCACCAUCUUCAUCAUUCUCAAGAGGCUCACGAGGCCAGGAAUCGACGGAGCUAUCGAUGCGAGAGCUACCGUACGCAUCGUGAUACAACGGAGGGGCUUGGCGACCCGGAGAUAG